GAGAGCCAGAUCGCUGCUGUAGCGGAGCGCAACGAGUUCUCUCAACGACCACUUUUGACAGUUGCUGCUGGCUCUUUGGGAUAGCAAGAUAAAAGCAAAUCUGUGAAGAGCCAGUCGAAAAACAAAACUGAAGCCAAAACAAUUGAGCUGGGGUAACACAAAUGUAACAAUGGACACACAGCAGCACCAAACGAGCAGCAGCGACAACAACUGCGACAGCGACAAAUGCCAGAAAAUUAAAAGAUUCGUAAUCGUCGGUUUACUGAUCACCAUUGGCAUUCUAAGCUGGCAUUUCUAUGAGUAUUUCCACGGCAAGCCGCUGCCCCCGACACCAGAUGACGUGCUGACCUUGUCGCAGGCGCUAUUUAAAGAAGAAACGGCGACCAGUCCAUACCUCUUCAAGGUGAAUGUGCAGGGCAGAACAAAGUCCGGCGCACACGAUGAUCGAGCACCAGGACCACUGUUUGAGCUGCAUAACGAUUUGCUGGCCAGAGAUGCCAACUCCACGACGGCGCUAUUGCAGCGGCUCUUCAACAACUACGAGUUGGAUGUCGCCGUGCCGGAUAUGAUUACGGCAGAGCAUGAACAGGAGCAGCUGGACUUUCUGCGCGCCGUAAUGAACACGCGUGUCAUGAAGCUUUCACUGCGAUUCCUAGCCAACAAAGGCAUUGUUGGCAGCGACUACGAUGAGCAGCUAAAGUUCCUCCAGGAGCUCUGGUUCACCCCAUAUUCUCGAGGAAACGGUAUCAUGGGUAGCUCCAGCUUCGAGCACGUCUUCAUGGCAGAGCUGCGGGAUCGAAAGGUGCUCGGCAUGCACAAUUGGCUGUACUUUGCCGAGCAGGAGCAGCAGGGCCACGUCGACUACAAGGGCUGGUUGAAUCGUGUGGAAACGGGCAGACACAAUCAGUUUGCGCUGGCCUUUCGCAUGAGCUUCUUUGGCGUACAGAAGUCGUUCAAUGGCUUCUUUGUGGGCACAUCGCCAGAGCUGGAGUUGAGUCUCUACACAGUUUGCUUCCUAACCACGCCCAAGAAUGAAGUGUGCGAAAUACAGCUGGGCACGGCCAAGUUAUCAAUUGUAUCAUAUGUCUGGGAAUGGAAGGGCAAACAUCUGAUAGCCACGGCCUAUGUGCAACUGCCUUAAUUGGACCACAAUACGCAAGGCACUAAAGCAAGAGUUACCUAUAGUCAAGUAUUAGAAUCGCUUACCUAUAGCAAGCCUUAAAUUGGUCAGGUAUGCUGCACCUAAAAAAAUUGCUUAUCACUUCACGAACAACAUUUAUACUUAUAUCUAUUUAGAAUCUCAAAAGAGCACUUUUUCCUCAUCAUUUCUGACAUUUGACAUUUUCAAGCUAGGAUUCAGACCAGUAUUUUAAACAGAAUACUCUCUCGCUCUUUAGUCUGUCUGCAAUGUGUCUAUGUAUCUAAGGCAACUCUGCUAGUUAAAGUUAAAUCCUGUUUGAGAAUAUUAAGGACUUCUCGAGCUAUCGUGGCCACUUGCUGAUGCCUUAAGUGCGUGCCAACGUCAAUUCCUGGGGCUGUCACUCACUCAGGGCACACGUUGGCAGUCGAGUUCUCUUGACGGCUUUGCAUGGUAUUAGCGCUUUCGCAAUUAUAUCAGCCAGUUGUUUAUUAAAUUUAACGUUUACCUUGACGUUUAUUACUUGUGUGGCAGUUAUCUAAUGACCUCCAUUGGCACACUUGACAUUGAGGCUCAAAAUCGAACAAAAGUCAUUUGCAAUUUAGGUAAUAAUUAAUUGUUAAGAAUUAUAUUUAGUGCUAAGCUUGACACGAACUUUUAAAUCUAGACGAAUUCCAACUUGCCUCCAAAUAGUGUUAGAGAAA